AUGGUCGACCUCCUGACGGACGACGUCGCGAGUGACGCCCGCAUCACGCCCGACAAGCCAUACAACUUCACCCUCAAGAAGAACGCCAGUGACACCACCACCAACGUCGACUGGCUCACUUGCUCCGUGGUUGUCGACGAGCCGCUCAAUGCUCGAGACGAACACCUUCGUGCCCUCGACCAAGUCCCCGAGGCUAACAAAAUAUACAAGCCGGGCGUCUGGGUGAUCCCCGAGUACAACGUCGAGUUCCUGCUGGUCGUUUCCGACUAUCUCAAGGACUUCCAGUUCCCCUCCGACAUCAAAGUCCGCCUCUGGUGGUCUGCGGAAGUCGGUGACAUAUUCGUCAGAACCCAUCUUCUCCGCCAAUGCCGCGCCGGCAAGACAGGGAUCGACGCCGUGCUGAUGACAUCGCCUGGCUGCAACCUCGAGGAACACUGCUAG